AUGAGAUUGUACAUAGCUGCUUCUGAUGUAACUUUAGGGAGCAUGUUGGCUCAAGAGGAUGAUAAUGGCGUCGAAAGGGCCAUUUAUUACCUUAGUAGAGUUCUAAAUGAUACAAAAACCAUAUAUAGUAUAUUCGAAAAGUUAUGCAUAUGUCUGUAUUUCUCUUGUACAAAACUAAAUCAUUAUAUAAAUCCAAUUGAUGUGUAUGUUUCGCAUCAUUUCGAUGUUAUUAAGUAUAUGUUAUCUAAACCUAUCUUACAUAGUCGAAUUGGUAAAUGGGCUUUGGCUUUGACUGAGUAUUCUUUAACUUAUAGGCCUUUAAAGGCUGUUAAGGGACAAGUAGUAGCAAACUUUAUAGUCGAUCAUUCCAUAGUACAAAACUCCUUAAAAGAUGGAACAGGCGUGGGGGUACUAAUUAUUUAUCCUAGAAAAAUUCCAAUAAAAUUCAAGUAUAAGGUUGAAGGCCUUUGUUCAAACAAUGAGGCUGAGUAUGAGGCUCUAAUAGCCGACCUUGAGAUCUUGUUGGAAUUGGGGGCAACUCGAGUCGAUAUAAUGGGAGACUCAAAAUUAGUAAUAAAAUAA